GGGGAGGGAAGAAGAGGACAAGCAGGCACUACUACGCCAAUGCGCGAGCGUGCCGACAGCUCCAGAGGAGGAAGAAGAGGUGGUGGGAGUGGGAGUGGGAUACAGACAACGGGCGCCGACCGCGACGACGCCGCCGCCGCCGCUCCCUCCUCCUCGUGCUCCUGCUACGAAGCAUUAACAAUCCGAGGUCGUCGGUCCGUCCAUGGCUGCCGCUCCUCCUCCUUGUAGCAGCUGCAGUUGCAGUUGCCGUAUCCGCGGCAGGAAGCAGGCGCCCGCCCGACGAGCCCUCCCAACCGUCGCCUCCCUUGUCCCCUGCUUCCUGCUGCUCCUCCUCGUCGUCGCCUCGUGCCAGCCCGCCCUGGUCUCCGCGGCGCACGGCGGCGGUGGCGGCGGCGGCAGGAAGCACGCCGCCGCCGCCGCGCGGGCGCAUGCGCAUGCGCAGCAGACGCUCUUCCGUGCCGCGGGGGACGAGCGCGAGGAGGCGUACAGGAGGGUCAUGGCUCGCAUGGCCAGGAUGGACAGGGACUCCAACAUGACAAUCCAGAGCCCCGACGGAGACGUCAUCCGCUGCGUGCCGUCGCACCUCCAGCCGGCCUUCGACCACCCCGUGCUCAGAGGCCAGAAGCCCGAGGACGAGCCCGUGGAGAGGCCCAUGCCGCCGAAGCGCGUCGGCGGCGCUGCCGAGGAGGAGGAGGACGACGACGUGUUCCCGCAGGCGUGGAGCGACGGCGGCAAGCGGUGCCCGGAGGGGACGGUGCCGAUACGGCGGACGACGGCGCGCGACGUGCUGCGCGCCAGCUCCGCCCGGCGGUUCGGGAUGAAGGCCCGGGCCAGCCACCACGCCCGCCGCGACUCGACCAGCAGCGGCCACGAGCACGCGGUGGGGUACGUGACGGGGGACCAGUUCUACGGCGCCAAGGCCAGCCUGAACGUGUGGUCCGCCAAGGUGGCGUCGGCGGCGGAGUUCAGCCUCUCCCAGAUCUGGGUCAUCUCCGGCUCCUUCGGCAACGACCUCAACACCGUCGAGGCCGGAUGGCAGGUGAGCCCUGAACUGUACGGAGAUAGCAGCCCCAGGUUCUUCACAUAUUGGACGACCGACGCAUACCAGGAGACCGGGUGCUACAACCUGCACUGCUCCGGCUUCGUCCAGACGAACAACCGGAUCGCCAUUGGAGCCGCUAUCUCGCCGACCUCGGUCUACAACGGCCGGCAGUUCGACAUCAGCCUGCUCAUAUGGAAGGACCCACACCGGGGGAACUGGUGGCUGCAGCUGGGGUCGACGGGUCAGCUGGUGGGGUACUGGCCGUCGUUCCUGUUCACGCACCUGGGCGGGCACGCCAACAUGGUGCAGUUCGGCGGCGAGGUGGUGAACUCGCGGCCGUCGGGGUCGCACACGCCCACGCAGAUGGGGAGUGGGCACUUCCCCCGCGAGGGCUCCAACCGCGCCGCCUACUUCCGCAACGUGCAGGUGGUGGACGGCGACAACAGCCUCGUCCCCGCCGCCGCGCUCCGCCUCGUCGCCGACCACCCGGCCUGCUACGACAUCCAGGGCGGCUACAACCGCGCCUGGGGAAACUACUUCUACUACGGAGGGCCUGGCAGGAACGUGCACUGCCCGUGAUACAUGAUCCGGCCGGCGACCAUGCAUGCAUGGCGAUGGCAUGAACUGAAUGAACGAAGAAGCAGAUACGUGCACAGAUACAUAUAUAUAUAUAUACUACUACAGAGAUUCAGAGACGGAUCACAGUAUGCGGCCGUGCCGGAGGAUUGAUCUCUAGUGGGAUCGUCGUCGCCGCUCAUCAACCGGACAUGGAUCCUAUAUAUAUAGGAGCGGUGCUAGUCGUUAUAGCUUAGCCAUAGUCCCUCGUUUGGUUACUGCGCAUGCUAAUGAGUAAUGAGUUUUUAGUCGCCCAGCCCAGCUGCGUACACGCGCGCCGCCGGCCGGGCCGGUAGUAGCACAGGCAAAAGGUUUCGAUUUGAUGUAUGUGAGGCUUCUUUCGUUUGCAUCGGUCUGAUUUUUUUUUGUCUUGAGUUCUGUAUACAUGAAGAAAUCCACAGAGUAUUUUGAUCAACAUGCGUAUAUAUAGUACGAACCAUGCAUCCACACUGUGUUUAAUAACU